AUGGAUUCCAUGUUCUUCUGGACUCCAAACUUUUCUGUCAAAAACCUGGAACACCUUACAGUUCACUUUGGGACGGGACGGCCAUCUAGUGGCUGUUACUUCCGAGACCCUUCGCGGGCGAUACGCGGACCCUUCUACGAGAAUGCACCUCCAGUAUCAGAGACAGAGGUGCCUCCAGGAUAUGGAUUCAGCGAGGAAGAGGACGCUGAAGCUGCAAUUUCCUUCUCUCUAAUUGGGCAGAGAGACUGGGACGGACGGGUUCAAGAAGUAUUGCCAGACGACGAUUCACUGGUGCCAUUGAUAGAGGCAUUCGGGCGAGCAUGCUUGCAAAUGCCAAUGCUAAAACUGGCUGAACUGUCUACGAUUAUAACUGUACCUCCAGAGCUCGACACUGCCAGAUGUUACGAGGACAGGUCCCCGUGGGGAUUAUGGUACUUCAGUCCUGGCACUUCGCCCGGCACGAACUAUCUGGAAAUGGAUCUGGCGUUUUCCGAAGACAUUCAGCACAGACGGUUAUUUUGGGAUGUGAAGAGAUGGCGCUCAGACAUGGACUUACAAAACCUUCUUAGAAACAUUGGGUCCGAGAGAUAUGGGAAACCCUUGGUUGAAAGAUUCGUGAACACUUGGAUUCCCACCUGA